AUGGAAUAUGGAGGAGCAGAAUCUUUGAGGAAACUAAUAAAUCUGCAAGAAAUUCGUCUGGAUUUCAACAAUUCUGAAAUACAAGACCAUAAAGGAUUAUUCUUCAAUCGGGCUCGUCUUAUAGGGGAAGCUUCACACCAUCGUGAAAACAAAAUGUCAAAUUUGAACAAGGAUACAAAGGAAACGGAGGAACCCAAAGGAAGGGAAUUCAACACAUAUAAUACAAAGGUUAAUUCCGCAACUUCAUUAUAUGGAGAAAUCAUAGGACAGGAAAAAAUUCCAGAGUUAAGUAUAAAAUCAUCAAGGGUUUGUACCCAAGCACAGACCAGAUAUGAGGUUAAUGAAUCAAUGGCAUGUAUAGUUCCAGAUAUAUGGAAAUUGGUAUCAGAACAUAAAGCAAAGGCAGAAUUCGAUACAGGAGUAAGAUCUGAUGAUAAGAUAGGAGAACUGUCACAAUGCAUUAAAGGUGAUUGCUCUAAUGCUAAAUAUCUUUCUGGGAUAUACAAUUCUGAAAACUCAAGUAAGAAUCUAAAAUAA